AUAGUUGACCUUCUAAUGCAGUCAACUUGAGCUGCCGCCUCUGCCUCCGACUCCGAUCCAUCUCAGCGGCAGAAUCAGCGGCCGGGGGGCAUUUAAGUAAAACCAACUAAGAGCUGUCAGGCACCGACCCAAUAAAAGCUGCCCCUUCAAUCUCUUGCCCGUCGAUUGAAUUUAGAGAGAGAAAGUCCGAUCCUCUAGAGAGAGAUAGAAAGAGAGAUGGCCAAUCCCAUUCCAAGAAGAAGGCAAAGCAGUCACAAUUUCCAUUUGCUGUGUGGCCUUCUGUUGUCUCUCAUUUUGGUGCAAUCCCCGCAGGUUUCCUGUCGGGAGUACAAGGUUGGAGAUUUAGACGCUUGGGGCAUUCCCUCCGCUGACAACGGACAAGUCUACGAAAAGUGGUCUAAAUAUCACACCUUCAACAUCGGUGACACCCUCCUGUUUCUUUACCCGCCGAGCGAGGACUCGGUGAUCCAAGUGACCGAGCAGUCCUACAACACCUGCAACCUCAAGGAUCCGAUCCUCACCAUGAACGACGGCAACUCCCUCUUCAACAUCACCUCCCUCGGCACCUUCUUCUUCACCAGCAGCGUCUCCGGCCGCUGCGAGAAGAAGCAGAAACUCCGCAUCUCCGUCGGCAACGUCUCCUCUUCAACUUACGCUCCAGGGCCCUCUGCAUUGUCCGACAUAUCCCCGUCUUACCCGACCGUCUUCGGGAGCAUCCCCCAGGGGUCCUCUUCUUCUUCUUUUUCUAUUUCUUUGACGGUGCAGAGCUUCCCGGUCUCAUCCGCGGUUGCCAUUGGAUUUGCCACUUUUGCAACGGUCAGAGGCGUAUUUUGAUAAAAGUAAUAAUUCCAUCUCUCCCUCUUUGUUCUUUCUUUCCAACUCUGUUAUUGAUAAUUAUUUGUUCAUGGAUUUAUAGUUACUGUUGGGGUUGAUGUGGUCCGACCAUUUUAUUUUUAGGAAAUUUUGGUGAUGUCAUAAAUGUUAUUCUUUCCAGCAAAGAACAAGUAAUAAUUGUUCGCGGUUUAUUCCAAUAUUGUGCGCAAUUUAUAAGCUAUCAUCCAUUUAUAUAGAGCCGUGAACCCCAAA